AUGCCCAAUCCUAAGUUCAAUUCAAGAAGAUCAGUUGUCUAUUCAACAAAAGGGAUCGUAUCAUCUUCACAACCAUUAGCAAAUGCAGCAGGUUUGAAAAUAUUAGAAAAAGGUGGGAAUGCCAUUGAUGCUGCUGUUGCCGUUGCUGCUGCUCUUACUGUGACAGAAACUGCUUCCACAGAUCUUGGUGGUGAUGCUUAUGCCAUUUUUUAUAAUGCUAAAGAUCAAAAGGCUUAUGGAUUAAAUGGGACUGGUAGAUCUGCUUCAAAAUUAUCUGUUGAUUAUAUUAAAAAAAAUUAUCCUCAAGAUAUUGUUAAUAAUUAUAGAUUAAGCUCUGAAUCUAUCUUUACUGCUAAUGUCCCAGGUGGAAUUGCUGCAUGGUAUGAUUCUGUGAAGAAAUGGGGGUCUGGUAAAGUUUCAUUUGAAGAAAUUUUACAACCUGCUAUUGAAUUAUCUGAAAACGGUUAUCCAAUUUCUGAAAUUAGUGCACAUUUAGUUCAAAAUAGUGAAUCAAGAUUGAAAAAAGUUAAUGGUGAUAAAUCUCAAGAUUUCUUACAAAAUGAAUUAGGUGCUUUCUUACCAAAUGAAGGAUUAACUGCACCAAUUGAAGGACAAUUAGUUAAGAAUAAGUAUAAGGCAAAAACAUUGAAAUUGAUUGCUCAACAUGGUAAAGAUGGGUUUUAUAAAGGUGAAGUUGCAGAAUCUAUUGUUAAAGAGGUUCAAUCUCGUGGUGGAUUAUUAUCUUUAGAAGAUUUAGCUAAUCAUACAUCGACAUUUGUUGAUCCAAUAUCUUAUGAAUUCUUGGGUAAAAAACUUUGGGAAAUUCCACCAAAUGGAUCAGGUAUCAUUGCAUUAUUAUCAUUGGGUCUUAUCAAGAAUUUAGAUUCAAAAGGUGUCAUUGAAUUAUCAAAAUUGAAACAUAAUUCUGUUGAGUAUUUACAUUUAAUCAUUGAAGUCUUGAAAUUAAGUUUUAAAGAUAGUGAAGAAUAUGUUAGUGAUUCAGAUCAUUUAUUAUCCAAAUUUGGUAUUGAUCAAAAAGAAACUAUUGAACAAUUGUUAAGUGAUAAAUAUUUUGAUCAAAGAUCUAAAUAUUUUAAAGCAGAUUCGGUAUUAGAUAAUAAAGAUUUACAAGUUGGUGAAUUACCAAAUAGAAUUUUUAAAUCUGAUACAGUUUAUUUCACAGUUACUGAUAGUGAAGGAAAUGCAGCUUCAUUUAUUAAUAGUGUCUUUAUGAAUUAUGGUAGUGGUAUCCUAGUUCCAGAUCGUGGGUUUUUCUUACAAAAUAGAGGUGCAAAUUUUAGUUUGAAUCCAAAUUCUAAGAACUAUUUAGAAGGUAACAAGAGAAGUUAUCAUACAAUUAUCCCAGGUUUGAUUACAACACCAUUGGACCAAGGUAAAGAAGAUCUUUAUGCAAGUUAUGGUAUCAUGGGAGGUUAUAAUCAACCACAAGCACAUAUUCAAGUUUAUUUAAACUUAUUACUCUUUGGAUUAAAUCCACAAGAAGCUUUAGAUGCACCAAGAAUUACUUUACAACCGCAUCCAAAAUUGGGGCAUACUGACGAAGGUCAUGGAUCUCAUGGUCCAGUUAGUAGACAUGUUACGGAAGUUAAUGUUGAACAAGGUAUAAGUGAAGAAGUCGUUGAAGGUUUAAGAAAAUUAGGUCAUCAUGUUGUUGUUGUUGAAGGAUAUGAUAGAAAGGCAUUUGGUAGAGGUCAAAUUAUUAGAAAAGAACCUGGUGAGGGAUUAAUCUGGUCAGCUGGUUCUGAUCAACGUGCUGAUGGUGCUGCAGUACCACAAUUAUGA